AUUCAUUCACAUAGAAAAAAAAACAACUACAUCUCAAUAUAUACAAAUUCAAGAAAUAUUUAAAUUUUAGUAAUCAUGAAGGCUAUCGCAAUACUAGUUCUAGUUGUGCUAGCUGUGUUCCAGCUAGCAAUGGUUGCACGGGGCGCAAUCACUUGUGGCCAAGUGGAUGCUAACUUGGCACCCUGUGUCCCGUUCCUGACACAGGGUGGCGAGCCCGGUGCAGCAUGCUGUAGCGGGGUGAGAACCUUGAAUGGUAACACUCAAUCCUCUGAUGAUAGAAGAACCGCUUGCAACUGUGUUAAGGCUGCCGCGAAUCGAUACCCCAACCUUAAAGAUGAUGCGGCUCAAUCUCUCCCUAGCAAGUGCGGCAUAUCCCUCACCGUCCCUAUCUCCAGGACCGUCAACUGUGACACAAUCAGUUAAAUUCAGCUGGAUGGAUAAUGUUAUAACCUCAAUGUUGUUAUAAUGUAUUAAAUAAACCAAGGGUUGUUAAAUCCUUGAACGUUGUAAACAUAUUCAAUUACUAUGAGUUAAUUUGAGUAUGUUGUUGUUCAAAAAUGAAUGUAUUCCGUUCAUAAAUCAUAAAGAAAGUUCAAAUGAUCGAUCGUUACUUAAA